AACACACACGCGCAUCUAUAUCCCCCUUCGGCUACCAUGAAAAAUUAUUCUCCCAGUUUCCUGGCAAUUAAUUAGCCAUCUCCGAGUAUUUAAGCCUUGCUCGGCUCUGCAGAGAGCACACUUGUUCCCCAAGAUGAACACGCUCUACGUUUCGCUGGCUCUUGUGUUCGCGGUGGCAGCCGUCUACGGCCACCCCCAGGAGCCGCAGUCAAGGGAGCGUUUUCGACACUUGCGAACCGCCUUUGACACAAUAAAGCGGAAGGCAACUAUCAGGAUUCUGAGAAACACUCAGGAGGUUGUCAAAAAGCUGUGCGCCGAGCAAACGCAUGUCAAAGAGGCGGAAGUGGAGCGGCUGAAAAAUGGCGAUUUUGAAAACCACGAAAAGGAGACGAUGUGCUACGUCAACUGCUACAUCAGCGGUCUGGGAGUGAUGAAGGAUGGUGUUCUUCUGGUCAAGGAAAUGAAGGAAGCGGUUAGCAACCUGAUGGCACCUGAGCAGGCGGCGCGGGCUAUCGAUGCCAUGGAAAAGUGCAGCGAACCAACUGGCGAAAAUGAGUGCGAAAAGGCAUUCGAACUGGCUAAAUGCUUCAAAACCAGUGAUGGGGAAAUCGCUAGGAAGCUGUUCUAUCCUUCUAAGGAAGAUGGAGCUAAGUGAGAGGAUUUCGCAGACAGCGUGAGGCUGACAAGAAAUCAGCAUUUUACUACAGUUUGAAAGCAAUCUUAUGUGAUUUAGAUUUAAUUAAUAAAUAAUAACAUUCGACCAAAUGA